AAGAUCGUAAGGGUGGGUGAGUAGUGAGUAGUGAGCUUGGCAUCCUCCUCGUCGUCCGCCAUAGCCACAAGCAAUGGGACGCCAUAGCCACAAGCACGAGGGGGGCGCCAUAGCCGGGCUAAGCUUGACCUCAGUUAGAACUCCUUCCUUGCUUCCUUCCUUUCUUCGAUCCUUUCUGGAGGAAAUUUUCGGUUCUCUCGCAAAUUGCAGCCAUGAUAGGGUCACGACUUUCCCCCUCUCCUCUUCUUACUACGUACAGUGCAGAGAGAGAACUCUCUGUAAGAAUCCAUAUAAAGGUCUUUUGUCUCUGCUCGGUUGAGUCGAUAUAUAUAUGCUUCGUUAAGAUACUUCUUCGCUUUCCUGCCUCUUGUUGUGUAGAAGUAUGCGGGGAGCAGACCUAUCUUUCCGACUUCGAACUAGGAUGGUUUAGUGGCAGAGAGGGAACUUGUGUUACCACCGUCUGAGUUCCAAGAUGAGCCGGCUUUUCGAGAUGAAAUGCAUGCUUCUGGGACUUCAUUGAACUUUCAUUCCUUAAGUAGGCCUUAUUUCUUGUCCUCUGUGUAAGGUCCAUCAGAUGGCCGCUUGGAAUGGAAGGCAAUAUGAACGAGGUGUACUCGGUUUAAGCAGAGUUGUCGAAGUUAGAGAGUGACAGUGAAAUGUGGCAGAGGUUUGAACUAAGUUUACUUGCAGUUUUCGCUUCUUAACUGAAUACAACACGAAAUUGCUGGACAACAAGGUCGACGAAGUGCUUUGAUACACAUUGAAAAAUUCAUGAAAGUACCAUGUGGCUGGAUGCGGGGAUUCAUGAAUAGAGCUUCUAGGGGAAGUUAUUGAUGGGAGAGGUAAUGGGUGUUUUCAGUGAUGGAGGCUAGUGGAGAACCUUUUGAUUCUGGGGGUAAAGAAGAUGUUAUCUUGAAACAAGAAGCUAGCAGAGAUGCCAUCAACGCAUGAAUAGAAUGAACUAGGUUCUGGCUAUGAGCAGAUGAGAGAUGUUUGAGUGGUUGACGAAAAUGGUGAUCUCUUGUUGGCGUCCUGCAAAGAGAUGUGCGCACGGGCAGGGUGUGACUGAUUGUCAAGACCCACUGUUGUGGGGUAGGGAUCUUUGCUCACAUGCCUUAGGGGAAUUCUCUUAUGCAGUUGUUCAGGCUAAUGGUAUUUUGGAGGACAUGAGUCAAGUGGAGUCUGGCUCUUUUGGUACAUAUGUGGGCGUCUAUGACGGGCACGGAGGCCCCGAAGCUUCCCGUUGCAUCAAUGAGUAUUUGUACAAUUUUGUACUAAAUAAUAUUACAGAACAAGGAGGUAUGUCGUGUGACGUUCUAUGCCGAGCUUUCAGGGAGACGGAAAACAAAUUUUUUGAUAUCGUCCGGAGGGCUUGGCAAAUAAAGCCGCAACUUGCUGCUGUUGGGUCUUGCUGUUUAGCUGGAGUGGUUUGCAGUUCCAAACUGUAUAUCGCCAAUCUCGGCGAUUCUCGAGCAGUUUUGGGAAGUUUCUCCCCUGACACUGGUUCUGUAGCUAGACAAAUAUCACACGAGCACAAUGCAAGUAUCGAGGCAGUUCGUAAUGAGCUGCAUGCGCACCACGAAGAUGACCCACAAAUUGUGGUUUUGAAACAUGGCGUGUGGCGUCUGAAGGGCCUGAUUCAAGUUACUCGUUCAAUUGGCGAUUUUUACUUGAAGAAAGCUGAGUUUAAUAAGGAGCCUCUUAUAGCUCGAUUUCGACUUCCAGAGCCUCUGAAGAGGCCUGUCAUGAGAGCAGAGCCGGAAUGCAGCGUUAUCAAGCUCAGUCCACAAGACGAUUUCGUUAUUUUUGCGUCUGAUGGACUAUGGGAGCACUUGAGCAAUAAAGAAGCUGUUGAUAUUGUAUAUAGUAAUCCUCGAGCUGGAAUUGCUAGGCAUCUCAUCAAAGCAGCUCUUCAAGAAGCUGCCAAAAAACGUGAGAUGCGUUAUUCUGAUCUCAGGAAGGUUGAGCGGGGGAUACGACGACAUUUUCACGAUGAUAUUACUGUUGUGGUUGUCUAUUUGGACCCAAAAUUGCUCAACGAACCGAGUAAUACUUCUAAUCCCAUUUCUGCGAAAUGUCCAAUCGACAUGCCUCAGGGUAAUCGUCGUCGUAGUUAGCCAACCCAAACACCGACAUGUGGCAGUUCCACUUUACUGGAUUUUGCAUGUCAAUACGUUUGCAAGAGGUCAGCUGACUGGAGACGCCAAUUGCUAACUCAAAACUGCUAGAAAGCUUUAAAAUAUUAUUGUGAUAUCCUUGUUUGCAGUAUCCAUAAGUUGAGUUGUUUUCUUUAUAGUUUGGUAGAUCACAAAAGGUGUUAACACUUAUCUGAUGAUGCUUCAUCGCUUCAAGUAUGGAUCUAGCUCCACAGUAGCUGAGUCAACUACGAAUGAUGAAUGCGGAUGUACAGUACGUGACUGGCCACUCCCUAUGCUACUUCCUUUGAUCUGCCUUAUGUAUCUGACCCAUUUUUGCUGGACCACCAUGAGAUCCGAGAUUCUAUUCUAGCUGAAAACCAGGUUUGUCUUGUUUUCUUUCGUAUAUUUCAAAUUGUAUCAUAACCUAGUGUUUACAAACCUAGUUUUUCAUUAUGUUAUCCACGGAACCUUCCAUUCUGUGGUUCAGCUAGCUAGUAGGAUCAAGGAUGUAUAAGUUGAAGUCACUAGGCAGUAGGCUUAGCGAUGAAACUGCAACCCAGGAAGAUUCUGCAGGAAAAUCCUUUAAGUAAAUCAAAGGCAACUGCAGAGAACGGUCAAUCUAAUUUCACAUGAUGUGUAUUAAAUCUAGCUGAGUUUUGUUUCAUACCAUGAAAUCU